GAAAACUUGUCAAACCGGAAGUAGGCAGCGAGGGGCGGGAGGAUUCUGCCCGAGCCAAUCAGUGACCCUAGGACGGUGACGUCACAACCAAUGGACAGUCAGCGCGGGACUUUCAAUUAUCGCCCCGCCCAAUCGGGAAAAGACUGUGCCUAUAAAGACUGCUGCCGCGGCCCGCACCCUCUCUAUCCCUCCGCCGCUGCGCUGGUAAGUUCUUUCCUUAGUUCGCUAUGGCCCGUACCAAGCAGACCGCCCGCAAGUCGACCGGGGGCAAAGCCCCGCGAAAGCAGCUGGCCACCAAGGCGGCUCGUAAGAGCGCGCCGGCCACGGGCGGCGUGAAGAAGCCCCACCGCUAUCGGCCCGGCACCGUGGCCCUGCGGGAGAUCCGGCGCUACCAGAAAUCUACUGAGCUGCUGAUCCGUAAGCUGCCGUUCCAGCGGCUCGUGCGCGAAAUCGCGCAGGACUUCAAGACGGACCUGCGCUUCCAGAGCUCGGCCGUCAUGGCGUUGCAGGAGGCCAGCGAGGCCUACUUGGUGGGGUUGUUUGAAGACACGAACCUGUGCGCCAUCCACGCCAAGCGCGUGACUAUCAUGCCCAAGGACAUCCAGCUGGCUCGGCGCAUCCGCGGGGAGCGGGCUUAGGUGAACUGGCGCGGUGGAGGAGGAGGGGCGGCCGAGUCGAGAAUGGCCCGAGACCCGGAGACGCGGUCUUCCGCAGCCGACAGCGGCGAACUGAAUCCAGCCGCGCACCCGCCGGAAAUGGCUCCACCCUGCGUGGCUCCCGGGCCGUGGAGGGAAGAUGCCACUUCCUCGCCCGGUUCCUGCCCGGCCCCCAGGCUCACAGUUAUGGCUCGUACUAAGCAGACUGCUCGUAAGUCGACUGGGGGCAAAGCUCCGCGAAAACAGUUGGCCACCAAGGCGGCUCGUAAGAGUGCGCCAGCUACGGGCGGCGUGAAGAAGCCGCACCGCUACCGGCCUGGUACCGUGGCCCUGCGGGAAAUCCGGCGCUACCAGAAGUCUACCGAACUGCUGAUCCGCAAGCUGCCGUUCCAGCGGCUGGUGCGCGAAAUCGCGCAGGAUUUCAAGACGGAUCUCCGCUUCCAGAGUUCCGCUGUGAUGGCGCUGCAGGAGGCGAGCGAGGCCUACCUGGUGGGGCUGUUUGAGGACACGAACCUGUGCGCUAUCCACGCCAAGCGCGUGACUAUUAUGCCUAAGGACAUCCAGCUGGCCCGGCGCAUCCGCGGGGAGAGGGCUUAAGAUAUGCGUUCUUAAGCAGGUUACCUAAAGGCUCUUUUCAGAGCCACCCAUAGUCUCAUCAAGAGUAGCUGUACCAGCUUUUAGGCUGAUUAGGGCGUGGAGGAAUCAGGAAUACGUGGCCGCUCGCGU